AUGUCGAGAGAGAAAUCCAGCGACGUGCGAAAGGUGACGCUCGUCUCCCAGGAGGGCGAUGAGUUCGACGUGGAUAUCGAAGUCGCCUCCAUGAGCGCGCUCAUCAAGACCAUGGUUGAGGAAGAUAGCGAUUGCCAAGAGAGCAUUCCCCUGCCCAACGUCGAGACAUGCAUUUUGAAGAAAAUCAUUGAGUACUGCGAGCACCACUACAACAACCUUCCGGAGGAAAUUCCCAAGCCGCUCAAGUCCUCGAAUCUCGCCGAAGUCGUUAGCGAGUGGGACUACCAGUUCAUUAACGAAAACAGCGAUCAGAAGAUUUUGUUUGCGCUCAUUCUCGCAGCGAACUACCUCAACAUCAAGCCGCUCCUGGACUUGAGUGUGGCGAAAGUCGCAACCAUGAUCAAAUCGAAGACGCCAGAAGAAAUCCGUAGAAUCUUCAACAUCGUCAACGAUUUCACUCCCGAGGAAGAGGCACAGGUGCGCGAAGAGAACAAGUGGUGCGAGGACGCGUAA